AUGAGACUGAAGUUGUUUCUAACACCACAUAUGUGCAUCAUGGUAUCCUUGAUAUGUUCAAAGAAACUGCUUGGGUGCGUGUUUUCCAAGAUCCAGCCUAGAACACUUGUUCUGGCAAUUUUAGCAAUGAUGGCAUAUGAAGGAAUAGCAAACGUUCAGAAACAAUGGAGCAUUGUGGGAGAAUAGCCUCAGGAACAACUGUUGUUAUGGAUAAAAGCAAACACUAAACAAGAUGCUGUUUUCACUGAUGUAAUGCCUAUAAUGGCAAGUGUAAAACUGUCUACUCUUCGACCUAUUGUGAAUUACCCUCAUUAUGGAGAUGCAAGUUUACGGGCAAGAACAAAGAUAGUUUAUUCCAUGUAUAGUCGAAAACCAGCAAAAGACGUUAAAAGGGAAUUGGUAAAUAUGGGAGUGAAUUACUACAAUUUAGAAGAAUCCUGGUGCCUAAAGAGAUCUAAGCCUGGCUGCAGCAUGUCAGAAAUUUGGGAUGUAGAAGAUUUCUCCAACAUUGGAAAAGUUCCCUUAUGCGAUAUUGUGGGCAAGAAUUCCAGACCAUACUUCAGGACAGUAUUUGACAAUGAUGUAUACAAAAUAUUAGAAGUUAGCUUAUAAGUUGG